CAUUCAUCUUAAAAAAAAAUCAGCUAAAAAGUCAUCUAAUAUCUGCUAUUAAUAACUCCAUUGGAAACUAUAUAAUAACAUUUGUUUUCUAAAACAUAAAUAUAAAGAAAAAAUACCAAACAACUUUUCAUCUAAAUACUCGCAAAGAACGAAAAAUUAAAAAAAUGAGUAACUUCGACGCACUGUUAAUCAAUUCCUUGGAACAGUCCAAAAAUUGCAUUGCAAACAAGCAAGACUUCCAAACCUUUCUGAAACCUGAACUAGUGGACUUGAUUCAAGAAGAACACGCUACAAAUCUACAAUUAACUCUCUUAAAGCAACGGAAAGAAGGAGCGAAGUUGAAAAUAGAUAUGCUAACACUUCAGGAAGACGAAAUUACGAAACAAAUUGAAGAGCUAUUAAAACAACAAGAGGAACUCAAUCAAGAAGUAGAAGAACUUAUGAAGUUAGAAAAUUUUUCAGGAAAAGAACUACAAAAAUAUCUCACGCUUAAAAAGAUAGAAAGCUAUAAUGAUAAUGAUACCAUGCUGCCAACAACUUUGCCACCAUUAGAUCAGCAUUUGAAACUCAAAUUAUCAGAAGUCCAGUUCGCAAAACGUUUGCGCAGCUAUCGGCAUAUCAUGACACCAAAUUCUUUGAUUGACUAUGGUUACCCAGUGGAAAGUCCCGACAAAGACGGGAUCAUCAUCGACGAGUACACAUCUAAGCCACAAGAGUACUCAUCCUAUAGAUCACAUUGUAAAUUAGAGCAUAUUUGCGUACGAUGCGAUCGAUACUUUCACGUGAGCGAGGCAGGGGAAUAUUUAACCAAAGAAAGCUGUGUCUAUCACAGUGGCGAAUUUAAGGAGAGGUUUACUUGCUGCGCAGGUGAGAGAGACUCCGAGGGUUGCGAGCGUAAUAAGCUGCACGUGUGGAAUGGGUUUAAAGAUGGAUUUAGCGGACCCUAUAAUGAUUUUCUUUACACACAACCACGCUCUGAUAAAUCAGAUGUUGAAGCCAAAGUGUAUGCGCUGAAUUGUAAAAUGUGUUAUACCAGUCGGGGACUCGAAGUGGCCAAAGUAUCGUUAGUUGGUUACGAUGGACAAGUGGUUUAUGACCAUUUUGUGAAGCCGACAAGUGAAGUUGUCGAUUAUUGUACACGCUUCUCAGGCGUAACUGCAAGGGAUCUAUGUAAAAACCAAAACAAAAAUUUGAAAACCUUUGCCGAAGUGCAAAAGGAUCUGCUGCAACUUAUCGAUGCCGAUACCAUAGUCAUUGGCCAUAGCAUGCAGACCGAUCUUCGUUUGCUGAAAAUUGUUCAUAAGAAGAUUGUCGACACAGCACAUGAGUUCCCACACCCACUAACCAUUCCACGUCAGUUUCAUUCGCUUAAGAAGCUGACUAAGAAAUUCUUAAAGCGCGAUAUUCAAUGUGGCAACAACGGUCACGACAGUGUGGAAAACGCUCGUGCCUGUUUGGAGUUGGUUAUGUGGAAAGUGCGCAACAGGAUCCUUCCAAGGCGGCCGGUCAGAUGGUUAAGAUAAACAUUUUAUAUUAAAAAAAAUAUAUUAUUUGCACAAUAAUUAGAAAAAGUAUGAAAAUUAAAAAAAUUAAACAUUUGAAAUUAUAAAUAAAUGUAAAUAGUUUU